AUCAUGGCUCUGUUAUUUUGAUAUGUAAAACAGAUAUAAUCACAUCUGAUCAACCGUUCUGUAAUCAUCACGCUGUUAUCAAUGACUUCAGCCACAGGAACUGACGAUCCACCAGAGGGUGCUGGUGCUCGCGGCGUGCCACCCGUCAUCGAGGCCAUGAUAUCUAGAAUAGCGAAUAGUAAUUGUCGAUUGAAGAACCAGCAGAUCGGCGAACCUGACCUGACGACAGACGAGAAGCAUGUGUUCGUGAAGGGCGUGUUCACGAACAACCCCGCAGCAUUCCUCUCGCGGUUCUGGAAGGCGCUGCUCCCCGAAGACAUGCAGAACUUCGUCGACUCUGUCGCCGACUACGAGUUGCAGUUUUAUCGCUGCCAGGUGGCGUCGCUGCACCAACCCGCGCGCGAGAGAUCGAGCAGAAAUCUGGUGAGAAAUCGGCGCUACAAUGCAAUCAAGGGGUUGACGGCGGAGGGAUAUUUCUCCGACGACUCGAUGAUGCAGCGAAACCCGCUGAUGUAUCAGCAGAUGGUCGGCCAGUACUUGACCGAAGAAGAGAGAAACGAGCAGAUAAAAGCUCGGCAACGGGAACUCGACGGUCGUAUAUCGAACGUGCUCAUGAACUGCAUAGACAACGAAGCGAUGCAACGGACAAAGGACUACGAGCUGGAUCUGGAAGAAGGAGCUAUGGAGGAAGAAGAGGAUGAUGAAGAAGAGGAGGAUGAGGAGAAGGAGGAGGAGGAAGGAGACGGUGAUGAAGAGGUGGACAAAAAUUACAAACGGUCUCCUUCAACUCUGGAUCAGCGGGAGAAAGAUAUGCUGAAAAGUGAAUUUCUACACGUUAUGCAUGAACGAUUUCUCAGUGGCAGUGAUGUUGAUUUUGAUUACAGCACCAUUGACAGCAACACGGACUAUGAUGACCUACAGACCAUAGGACGCGACGAAGAAGAUAAAUACUUCGAUGAAGAGGAACCGUUUAGUUUUCGACAGAAAUUAUCAGC